CUCAGCUCUCGGCAUCCCCAUUCUUUCUGCCUUGGAUGGUGGAACAGUCGGGUGGUUGGGCCAGGCGAUAACAGAUUUCGGUUCAUUGACUGGAGUGGCGCCAUCCCCGCUUUCCCCGCCACCGUUUGCUGCGGGGACCUGGCGGGAGGUCAACAGAACUAUAUAAACCUCCACUUCGCCGCUUAUCUAGCCUUGCAAUGAGAACUUCACAUCUUCCAUUAUUUUAUCCAAGCACCCUUGUAGUACCAUCCCUAACUGCUUGAUCCGGAAAUUAUCAAAAGAUGGGUUCGGCAACAACCUCGACCUUACCUCCGGACUUUCUCUGGGGCUUUGCAACUGCUAGUUAUCAGAUCGAAGGCGCGGUCCAUGAGGAUGGCCGUGGUCCCUCCAUUUGGGACACGUUCUGCAAGAUCCCCGGCAAGAUCGCAGGGGGAGCCAACGGCGACAUUGCUUGCGACUCGUACCACCGUACAGCUGAAGAUAUCGCAUUGCUAAAAGAGUGCAAGGCCAAGGCGUACCGGUUCUCUAUCUCAUGGUCGCGUGUCAUCCCUCUCGGUGGUCGGAAUGAUCCUGUCAAUGAAAAGGGUCUGCAGCAUUAUGUCAAGUUUGUUGAUGACCUACUGGCUGCAGGCAUCACGCCUCUCGUCACCCUCUUCCACUGGGAUCUUCCUGAUGAGCUGGAUAAGCGCUAUGGCGGUCUUCUGAAUAAGGACGAGUUUGUUGCCGAUUUUGCAAACUAUGCUCGUGUUAUCUUCAAGGCUCUCGGCCCGAAGGUAAAGCAUUGGAUUACUUUCAAUGAGCCGUGGUGCAGCAGCGUACUUGGGUACAACGUGGGUCAGUUUGCUCCGGGUCGCACGAGUGAUCGCAGCAAGAGCGCACAGGGCGAUAGCUCGCGCGAGUGCUGGAUCGUAGGCCACAGUCUCCUUGUAGCCCAUGGAGCUGCCGUGAAGAUCUAUCGUGAGGAAUUCAAGGCAAAGGAUGGCGGUGAGAUAGGGAUCACCCUUAAUGGCGACUGGGCCGAACCCUGGGAUCCCGAGAACCCAGCAGAUGUCGAGGCUUGCGACCGAAAGAUUGAAUUUGCCAUCUCAUGGUUUGCAGACCCAAUCUACCAUGGAAAAUACCCGGACAGCAUGGUCAAGCAGCUGGGGGACCGACUCCCUCAGUGGACUCCGGAGGAUAUUGCACUCGUCCACGGAAGCAAUGACUUUUAUGGUAUGAAUCACUACUGCGGCAACUAUAUCAAAGCCAAGACUGGCGAAGCGGACCCCAACGACAUGGCUGGAAAUCUGGAGAUCCUGCAGCAGAACAAGCAGGGCGAAUUCAUCGGCCCAGAGACACAAUCAACCUGGCUCCGGCCGUACGCGCUUGGGUUCCGGAAGUUGUUGAAGUGGCUCAGUGACAGAUACAACCAGCCCAAGAUCUACGUGACUGAGAACGGAACGAGUCUGAAGGGCGAGAACGACUUGCCGCUGGAGCAACUGCUCAAGGACGAUUUCCGGACGCAGUAUUUCCGCGAUUAUAUCGGCGCCAUGGCUGACGCGUACACGCUGGAUGGGGUUAACGUGCGAGCUUAUAUGGCUUGGAGCUUGAUGGACAACUUCGAAUGGGCCGAGGGUUACGAGACCCGGUUUGGCUCGACCUACGUUGACUACGAGAAUGGACAGAAGAGGAUUCCCAAGGACAGCGCGAAGCAGAUUGGAUCGAUAUUCAACCAGUAUAUUGAGAAGUGAACAGGACGUAUCUUCACUCUAUAUAGCUAUUCAUUAGCCAAGUCUCAAAGUGAU